AUGAUUAAAGAAGAGGACCUUCCCGAUUCUGUGGAUAACAUUGACUACUCGCUUCCACAAUAUUUCAUUGUCAAGAAUGAUGAGAAGAAUCAAAAGAUUUAUGUUCCAAAGCCUAUCAUUGAAUCGGAAUCUGUAUUUUCAAUUGAUUUUCAUCCAAAAUUGGAUUUAAUAACAAUGGGAUUAGUGACUGGAGAAUCAAAAAUCUACAAAUAUUCCAUAGACAUUGAAAAUACAUGUGUAGCUACAUUUAACCAUCAUUCCGAAGCUUGCCGUAAACUCUUCUUCUCUGAUGAUGGCAAACUCAUGUUCUCAUCAGGUUCCGAUAUGAAACUUGCUGUAACCGAUAUCAAAAAAGGAGCCCUCAAAUAUAGCAUUAAGGAUGCUCAUACUUCACCUAUAAACACUCUCAUUGUGAUUGAUGAUGAUCGGAUCGCUACAGGAGAUGAUGAAGGUUGUGUUAGAAUUUGGGAUAUUCGACAACGAAAGGCCAUUAAAGCCUACACUGAACAUGGUGAUUAUAUCAGUUGUUUUGAUUAUGCUCCAGAAACUGGAUUACUUUAUUCAGCCUCUGCCGAUGGUUGCAUUUCAGUGGUAGAUAUGAAAAAGAGUAAACCUAGCGGAUUAGCAGUUACAGAGGGAUUGAAUGAUGAUUUGGUGAGUUUGACCACGAUGCAAAGUGGACAGUUAUUAUAUGCAGCAGGAGCGUCUGGAGUGAUUUAUGAAUUUGAUACUGAUAAAUUGUUCCAGCCAAAGAGAAAUAUCAAAUCAUUGUCAACGUCGAUAUCGAGUAUGAUUCAAGUGAGAGAUGGAAUGCUGACCUAUGCAACGGAUGACGGAGUUAUUUAUUCAUUAGAUACCAAAAAAUCAAAAUUGAGUAAUCGAUUAACAGAUCAAACAAAUGAGCCAAUUAUUGACAUGAGCAUUUCAAGAGAUGCCAAAUAUCUGGCAAAUAAAGAAGAAAAGAAACCAGAAAUUCAAAAGAUGAAAAAGAAAGAGAAGAAAGCAGAAAAAUCCAUGUUGAAUCCUGAAGCAAAAGCCACCAUUGACGAAGCAGAGAAAAAUGUUAAAAAGAGAAAGAAGGCAGGAGGCGUUCAAAGUGCCACCAAAAAGACCAAAGUUUUGAAUCAAGCUCGAAAACAAUUUUUACACGAUCUACUCGUCGAUUAUUAA